AUGCCGCUAUCAUUUCCCAAUUGGACCCCAGAGAGUGUCAUAAGAACAAUUUACUCCUCACCAAUUAAUGUUCACAAAAACGACCUAGGGCUGACGUUAGAACUUUCGUAUAUAACCCAGCAGCUUAUUGUCUGCUCCUAUCCAGUCGUCAAGUACCCGAAACUGCUCUACCGAAAUAGCCUCAGUGAUCUAGUGUCAUAUCUCACCUUAUACCAUGGCCCCGGGAAUUGGAAAAUCUACAACUUCAAAGUAGAGCAGGGAAGUGCUGACUACAGCGACGAAAAUCUGGCCAGUGUGUUGUCGCAGCAGAGUUCACCGGUGGGCGGUUCAGAUGGCUGCUCGUUUGCGUCCAGCUCCCAUGGUUCGUGGUCAAUUAGCUCUCCAAGGGGGCAGUCCGCAGUGUCGUCCCCCGAUCUGCCAGCCGAACUCAGCAAUUUUAUUCAACGAUACGGCUGGCUGGAUCAUUCUCCACCACCAUUUUUACUUCUACAGCAAAUUCUGGAUGAUAUGCACGAAUACCUUUCACAAGAUCCUAAUCGAGUAGCUCUUAUGCAUUGCAAAAUGGGCAAAGGUCGGUCCGGGUCCGUGGUCAUUGCCUACCUAAUGAAAUUCAUGAACUGUUCCUUGCGCGAAAGCCGCGACAUCUUUAUGAACAAUCGGUUCAGAGCAGGCAUAAUUCGCGGCGUCACAAUAAGGUCUCAGCUGAGAUAUCUUGCAUACCAUGAACUGUUCCUACACAUUGGAAGGCCCCUCGAGAGACCAGAGAUUCUUACUGAAAUUGCACGGUCCCGCUUCAAGGUCACUGAAGUUAUUAUCAUGAACCCAUUCCCGCAUUUAAAUCUUGAUUUCAAGAAUUGCUGCAUAAUUGUGAAAAUGCAUGUUUACAAUCGUUCACGCAAUGGGCUUUUUGAAGUCUUGGAAGCCGAAUGUAACGACCUUUUGUUUGACGGUCGAUUGCACAAGCGGACAACCUCCAUUUCCGUAGACACCUGUGUUCUCAAGAGUGAUGUAAGGUUUUCUUUCGGUUUGCGUUUCAAGAACAAUGAGUUCAUUGACAAUAUCACCCAAAAGACGUCUCUUUCUCAUUGCUGGCUAAACCUCUAUUGGGAGACUCUCAUAUGCAGCAGGAACGAAUCUCUCACCAGCUACACGCUGGAGGAACUUCGAAGCGAACAGGGUCGUUGCCGAGACGGUAAAAGUUUCGCACUUUUCACCAUCAAGUGGGACGACUUGGACGGUGCGAAGGGCAUGUUAGGCAAAGGCGUCAAACUAUUUGAAUCGGUGACGUUACGAUGGCAACUUUUAUAA